UGUCAUCCAGCCUUAUCUGGGCUCUGUGCAAACUGCAAAUAAGAGCAGAGUGAAGCAAUCCUUAGUGCUUGCCCUCAGCUGCUGAACAGACUCUGCUCGUCUCUCACUGAAAAUGAGACUUCGAGUUUAUUUCCUGCUGCUCCUUGAAGUGUCCCUUCACACUGCUGUUUCAUCAACGAUAAAGUGUGGGCGUCCCUCUCUCCCGAGUGGGGUGGAAAGAAAAGUCCUCCAGAGAUUGUACGAGCCCGGGGAGGAUGCUGUUCUCUCCUGUGCACCAGGCUACUUACAUGCUGGUGGCUCCCGCGUCAUUGUCUGCUCCAACACCGGAGAAUGGAGUACAAUCACUUUCAAAUGUGCACCAAAAAGCUGUCCUCCACCUGAUGACAUAGCACAUGGAAAGGCUGAAUUCUCUGACAUUGUGUUCACGAGUACCAUUAACUACACUUGUGACGAGGGGUACAUUCUAAAUGGAAUGAACACCAGUUCCUGUAUGCAUGUUGGGAAAUGGAGUCACCCUCCUCCAGUCUGUGAAUCUGUUAGAUGUGGCCUGCCCCCAAUCCCCAAUUAUAGCCAAAUUAUUUUUGACAAAAAGCCGGUUGGAAACAUUUUUGAAUUUGGAUUCGGAGGGCGAUAUGAGUGCGGUCCCCAUCUCGUGAUGUUUGGCAAUAAGAGAGCCUUCUGCCAAGCCAAUGGUAGAUGGACAGAGCCUCCAGAAUGUCGACCUGUGUUUUGCCCAGCCCCAACUGAAAUACCAAACGGCUUCAUCACAUUAGCAGUGAAGAGGAUGCACAGCUACAAGGAGAGAGUGAAAUAUGGCUGUAACGUGAACUACGUCAUGGACGGACUGUCAGAGGUCGAGUGUGAGAAAACAGGCCAGUGGUCCGCCAAGCCAGUGUGUCGAGCUCCAUGCACCGUCAACAUCGAAAGAGGACGAAUCUUGCAUAAUGCACAAAAGAAAUGGAUUGAGGACUUUGAGCCAAACAGAGUGCUCCACUCAGAGUAUGUGGCAGUUUAUUGCCUGAAUGAGGAGAAAGAAUGUGGAUAUCCAGUUGCAUCCCAAUGCGUUGAUGGCUCUUUGAAGAUCCCAGAGUGUUUUAAGGAGCCAAACGUUACAAAUUACCAGAUGUGGUCAGGUUCUCUUCCAUCUGAGAUCGACAUGUGCUGAAGAGCUUUAAAGAGCCUGAUGGAAAGUCUGCUGGGUUGAUGGACAGAGCCCAGUUCAUGAAUUACAAAAGAUUUCUCAUUGGCAUUAUAUUUUAUGUAAAUACAAUUUUGGGCUGUUCAUGCUCCCAUUAAAAGUGUUCAAGACA